AUGUGCCACGCCCCACAGGGAGAAGACUCUCUACUUCGCGUUACCGGCCGAGAUCUCUCUCUGCCGGCAGACCGUGUCUCACAAAGCCCUCUCGAGCACCCGUGGCUGUGCCUUAACGAGUUCGUCGAGGGUCGUCGCCAGACUGUGCACCCCGCUGGGGAGAAGCCACCAGGUGUCCUGGUCAGAGUUGCCCGUAGCUUUGCUUUAACGAGGUUCCGACCCAGUGUAUUCCAUGGAGCUCCCGAGCGGCGUACUCAACCUCCUGCGCCACCAGUUGUUUUCCCCCUCGCUGCUGAACGCCAUCUAAUAUAUUUCCAUUUAUCGCGUGCUGUCUUCGAUAUUUUCCUCAUUCAAGUUCCUUGGCGUCUCGCGAUCUCAGAAGGUGUUUAA